AGGGAGAGAUUCGGCUCCUUUCCUUUGGUCGCGCGCAACAUAUGGACGACAUAUUACAGUUUGACCUGAGUCACGCCAGAUUGAGUCAGCGGCCUCAAUACACAGCACUAUCUUAUUCUUGGGGAUCUGCUAGAGAUAUCUCACGUACCGAUGUGUUUGUCAACGGUCAGGCGUUCAGCGUGUCUAUCAAUCUUGCCUCUGCACUCAGCACGCUAAGGCGGCAGGGGCACCAAAUGUUGUGGGUUGAUGCAAUAUGUAUCAAUCAGAACGACCCUGGAGAGAAGAGUAAGGAAGUUACAAGAAUGUUUUCCAUCUAUCGAAUCGCCGCCGAGGUCGUCAUAUGGCUAGGAGAGGGUGUCGCUAGGGAUAAGGAGGUCCAAGAGCUACAAAAGGUUGCCGGAGAGAUUUCUGAAGGCGUUUCGAGGGCGGAAGAUGACGCUAUCUUGAAAAUGGCAAUUGCGGGACUGAGAAGGCUCCUCAUGGCACCUUACUGGAGCCGCGUGUGGAUCAUUCAGGAGGUGGCAGCAGCAAGACGAACUCGAGUCUGUUGGGGACGUUAUCGCUUCGAGCUGCACGUUCUGGAGACGAUGAUUCGCGACUAUGGCUUGAGCAUGGAUGAGAUGAGUGCUUCACCCACUUUGGCACAACAAGUACUGUUCGUCAGGUCAGCCGCCCGUGCCCAACAAAAGCCUCGAUUGAUGGAAAUUCUUCAGUUGAGCCAUGCAUCGCAAACCAGUGUGGUCCGAGACAAGGUAUACGGUCUCCUUGGAUUGGCAUCGGACUGGAGGGAUUUUGUUCAGGAACCAAACUACUCGCCCACCGUAUCGGAGGAGAGUCUUUGUCUAGAGAUGACGGCCAACUUUUUGCACUGGUAUACCUCUCUGGACAUCAUCUUGUUAAGGAGCACCGACAAACACCAGGAGGGCCUGCCGUCAUGGUGUCCAGAUUACUUUUAUUUUAAGAUCGACGCUUUCGACCACAACUUGCUCACCUAUGUCUCUGGCAAGGAUGCCAACUUGGGAUGGGAAAAGCGACGGGCAUUUGGGGCAGCAGCCCGACUAAACCAAGACGCACAAGGUUCGUUCAAUGUUGAUGGUAGGUGCUUGUGUGUCAAAGGUGUUCGAGAAGGCUACAUCACCAUGGUUGGAGCCAUGGGAGACGAGGAUCAAUGGGUUGGACACGAGCCAAGGGGGCUUGUCGUCCAACGGUCUGCCUCUGACCUGGUCGCCAAAGCCUUUCGACGCCUUCUGCUCAUGUCACAUGCCCAGACAUUUGGACACUUGAACGGGAUGGAAUUCUUCGCCUUACUCUAUGAGUUGCCUCAGCAGUACUAUGAACAGACAGGACAUGGAGCAGUCUGGAGGUGGCUUCAACAGCAUGCAGGGUUUUUUCGCACCAUGGGGGCUUGCCCCAGUAGACCAACGUCGCUCAACGAACAGGACCAACUCCCCCUGCGUAUCAAAUCGAGUGGGCUGAUGGAUGAAAGCCGCCUUCGGGCGGGGUGGAAAGAAUAUUCAUCUUCUAGCACGUCGAGCAACCGCCGUCGGGGGGUAUCCUUCGAGCCCUUGCUCUCGUCAAUCUCAUGCGUCCUGGACGAGGGGGUUCGGUUGAUGUCUAUUGGUGACGGGGAACUUGUAGGUUGGGCGCAUCGCAAGACGCGAGUGGGGGAUUCGAUCUGGCACCUCGAGGGGUGUACGUUACCCACGAUUCUGAGAAAACGCGCAGGUUCUGGGGCUGGGGCUGGGGCUGGGGCCGAUGUCAAGGGCGGGGAGUGUUAUGAGCUGAUCGGACAUUGCUAUGUCGAUCCAGUCCUGGCCAGUGGGCGUUGGCUUGCGAGGGAAGAUAAGAGCAGACUGAUCCGCCUGAUAUGA